GUUAAAGCAAAGGUCAUGAAGAUUGAAGAACCAUACGAGGUCGGUGCGUUUCCUGAUACGAAAACCAAACGCGAAGUCGUCUUAGCUGAUGAGACCGGCCAGAUGAACUUGGUCCUGUGGAGACAACGAGCACAAAAAGUUUCAUUUAACACCGACGAUGUUAUCCUUCUUGAAAACUUGGUAACAACUACCUUCAAUGGCAAAAUGAAUCUGACCACCAGUUUUGAGACAACCAUCAAGGUUCAGCCUGGAGAGAAAAUAGAAGUCGUUGCGAAUCUGGAAACUUUCGCUACAAAGAUCGAAAUGACAACGGCCGUAUUGGCAAUAAAGAACUUUCAGUACGCACGCAAGUGCUUCCUCUGUAAGUCAACCAUAGUCCAAACAGCUGUCAACUCGGUCACAACGGAUUGUGCAUCCUGCAAGGGAUCUUUCUUAUCAAGACUAGCUACUGUAACAAACCAGUGCCUGGUGAUGCUUUCAGAUAAUAACUGGUACACAGCAACUCAAUCUGUUAUCUUGAGCUUGUUGAACUGGACAGAGCCAAAACCUCAGCUGGAUGAAAAAGAUAAGGUUCUUCUGCUGACAUCAAAAUACACACUGGAGAUAGACCCAAACCGAAACAUCAUAGAAAGUGCUAUCCAGUAUGAAGAUUCUGAAAUGCCAAAAGAUGACCUUGAAACUUUGGACAUUAACUAAGUUAUUAAUUGACA